CCGGUACCGUGUGACUGUAUGUACAGGGGAACUCGAAGGUGCAGGGACCGAUGCCAACGUCUAUCUCUGCCUUUUUGGUGAUGUGGGGGACACGGGGGAGCGGCUGCUCUACAACUGCAGGAAUAACACCGACCUGUUUGAAAAGAGCAAUGCAGACGAGUUCACCAUUGAGUCUGUCACCAUGCGGAGGGUGAGGCGGGUGAGGAUCCGACAUGACGGCAAAGGCUCGGGCAGCGGCUGGUACCUGGACCGGGUGCUGGUCAGAGAGGAGGGGCAGCCCGAGAGUGACAAUGUGGAGUUCCCGUGCCUCAGGUGGCUGGACAAGGACAAGGACGAUGGGCAGCUGGUCCGAGAAUUGCUGCCCAGUGACAGCAAUGCGACGCUGAAGAACUUUCGCUAUCACAUCAGCUUGAAGACCGGGGACAUCUCUGGAGCCAGCACAGAUUCUCGAGUCUACAUCAAGCUCUACGGGGAUAAAUCUGACACCAUUAAGCAAGUUCUUCUUGUCUCUGACAACAACCUCAAAGACUGUUUUGAACGUGGUCGGGUGGAUGAGUUCACUCUUGAGACCCUGAACAUUGGAACUAUCAACAGGCUGGUGAUUGGGCACGACAGCACUGGCAUACAUGCAGGCUGGUUCCUGGGCAGCGUCCAGAUCCGUGUGCCCCGCCAAGGCAAGCAGUACACCUUUCCUGCCAACCGCUGGCUGGACAAGAACCAGGCUGAUGGGCGCCUGGAGGUCGAGCUCUAUCCCAGCGAGGUCGUGGAGAUCCAGAAAUUGGUCCACUAUGAGGUUGAGGUUUGGACGGGGGAUGUGGGUGGUGCUGGCACCACUUCCCGAGUCUACAUGCAAAUCUAUGGUGAGGAAGGCAAGACUGAAGUUCUCUUCCUCUCCAGCCGCUCCAAAGUUUUUGAUCGGGCAUCCAGGGACACAUUCCAGCUGGAGGCAGCGGAUGUGGGUGAGAUCUACAAGAUCCGGCUCGGGCACACGGGUGAGGGCUUCGGGCCCAGCUGGUUCGUGGACACAGUGUGGCUGCGGCACCUGGUGGUGCGGGAGGUGGACCUCACGCCCGAGGAGGAGGCCCGGAAGAAGAAAGAGAAGGACAAGCUGCGGCAGCUGCUCAAGAAGGAGCGGCUGAAGGCCAAGCUACAGAGGAAGAAGAAGAGGAAGAAAGGCAGCGAUGAGGAGGAUGAGGGGGACGAGGAGGACGAGUCUUCAUCAGAGGAGGAGGAGGAGGAGACCGAGGAGGAGGAGGAACAGGAGGAGUUUGGGCCAGGGAUGCAGGAGGUGAUUGAGCAGUACAAGUUCGAUGCCCACCGCUGGCUGGCCCGGGGCAAGGAAGACAAUGAACUUGUCGUGGAGCUGGUGCCGGCUGGCCGGCCGGGUCCUGAGUCCAACACCUAUGAGGUCCAGGUGAUCACAGGGAAUGUGCCCAAGGCCGGCACUGAUGCCAACGUCUACCUGACCAUCUACGGCGAGGAGUAUGGGGACACAGGCGAGCGGCCCCUGAAGAAGUCAGACAAGUCCAACAAGUUUGAGCAGGGGCAGACAGACACCUUCACCGUCUAUGCCAUUGACCUGGGGCCCCUGACCAAGAUUCGGAUUCGCCACGAUAACUCAGGCAACAGACCAGGCUGGUUCCUGGACAGAAUAGACAUCACUGACAUGAACAACGAGAUCACGUACUACUUCCCAUGUCAACGCUGGCUGGCUGUGGAAGAGGACGAUGGCCAGCUGUCCAGAGAGCUGCUGGCAGUGGAUGAGUCCUAUGUGCUGCCAACAAGCGAGGACGAGGAGGGUGGCGGAGGUGGUGACAGCAACCCCCUCGACAACCUGGCCUUGGAGCAGAAAGAUAAAUCUACCACAUUCUCAGUUACCAUAAAGACCGGGGAAAAGAAGAAUGCAGGCACAGAUGCCAAUGUCUUCAUCACACUCUUUGGCACACAAGAUAACACCGGAAUGACCCUCCUGAAGUCCUCCAAGACCAACAGUGACAAGUUUGAGAGGGACAGCAUCGAAAUCUUCACAGUGGAGACACUGGAUCUGGGAGAACUGUGGAAAGUCAGGAUCGGCCAUGACAACACAGGGAAGGCACCAGGCUGGUUUGUAGACUGGGUGGAAGUGGACGCUCCAUCUCUUGGAAAGUGCAUGACGUUUCCCUGUGGUCGCUGGCUGGCUAAGAAUGAAGACGACGGGACCAUCAUCAGGGACCUCUUCCCUGCAGAGCUUCAGACGAGGCUGUACACACCAUUCGUCCCUUAUGAGAUCACCCUCUACACCAGUGAUGUUUUUGCUGCUGGGACAGAUGCCAACAUCUUCAUUGUCAUCUACGGCUGCGAUGCUGUGUGCACCCAGCAGAAGUACCUGUGCACCAACAAAAGGGAGCAGAAGGUGUUCUUUGAGAGGAAAUCUGCUUCCCGCUUCAUUGUGGAGUUAGAAGAUGUGGGAGAAGUCAUUGAGAAAAUCCGGAUUGGCCAUGAUAACACAGGCAUGAAUCCUGGGUGGCACUGCUCUUACGUGGACAUCCGCAGGCUCCUCCCAGAUAAAGACGGUACAGAGACCUUGACUUUCCCAUGCGAUCGGUGGCUCGCCACCUCCGAGGAUGACAAGAAGACCAUUCGAGAACUGGUCCCUUAUGACAUCUUCACUGAGAAAUACAUGAAAGAUGGGUCUUUAAGACAAGUCUACAAGGAAGUGGAGGAGCCCCUGGACAUUGUGUUGUACUCGGUGCAGAUCUUCACAGGGAACAUUCCCGGGGCAGGGACAGAUGCCAAGGUCUACAUCACCAUCUAUGGAGACCUUGGGGACACCGGGGAGCGAUACCUUGGCAAGUCGGAGAACCGUACCAACAAAUUCGAGAAAGGAACGGCUGACACCUUCAUCAUCGAGGCUGCUGACCUGGGCGUCAUCUACAAGAUCAAGCUCCGCCAUGACAACACCAAGUGGUGUGCAGACUGGUACGUGGAGAAGGUGGAGAUCUGGAACGACACCAACGAGGAUGAGUUCCUGUUCCUGUGCGGGCGCUGGCUGUCCCUGAAGAAGGAGGAUGGGCGGCUGGAGAGGCUCUUUUAUGAGAAGGAGUACACUGGGGACCGCAGCAGCAACUGCAGCAGCCCCGCAGACUUCUGGGAAAUCGCCCUGAGCUCCAAGAUGGCCGACAUUGACAUCAACACAGUGACUGGGCCCAUGGCUGACUAUGUUCAGGAGGGUCCGGUUAUUCCCUACUAUGUGUCGGUAACCACCGGGAAGCACAAGGACGCCGCCACCGACAGUCGAGCCUUCGUCAUACUCAUCGGGGAGGAUGAUGAGCUUAGUAAUCGCAUCUGGCUGGACUACCCCCGAGGGAAAAGGGGCUUCGGCUGUGGUUCUGUGGAAGAGUUCUACGUCGCAGGCUUGGAUGUGGGCGUCAUCAAGAAAAUAGAGCUGGGCCAUGACGGGGCCUCCCCUGAGAGCUGCUGGCUGGUGGAGGAGCUGUGCUUGGCAGUGCCCACCCAGGGCACCAAGUACACUUUGCGCUGCAACUGCUGGCUCGCCAAGGACCGAGGCGAUGGCAUCACCUCCCGCGUCUUUGACCUCCUGGAUGCCAUGGUGGUGAACAUCGGGGUGAAGGUGCUUUACGAAAUGACUGUGUGGACAGGUGAUGUGGUUGGUGGGGGCACUGACUCCAACAUCUUUAUGACCCUCUAUGGCAUCAACGGGAGCACAGAGGAGGUGCAGCUGGACAAAAAGAAGGCCAGAUUUGAGCGGGAGCAGAAUGACACCUUCAUCAUGGAAAUCCUAGACAUUGCUCCAUUCACCAAGAUGCGGAUCCGGAUUGACGGCCUGGGCAGCCGGCCCGAGUGGUUCCUGGAGAGGAUCCUCCUGAAGAACAUGAACACUGGAGACCUGACCAUGUUCUACUAUGGAGACUGGCUGUCCCAGCGGAAGGGCAAGAAGACCCUGGUGUGUGAGAUGUGUGCUGUCAUCAACGAGGAGGAGAUGAUGGAGUGGACAUCCUACACUGUCACGGUUAAGACCAGCAACGUCCUGGGAGCAGGCACUGAUGCCAACGUGUUCAUCAUCAUCUUUGGGGAGAACGGGGACAGCGGGACACUUGCCCUGAAGCAGUCAGCCAACUGGAACAAGUUUGAGCGAAACAACACAGACACGUUCAACUUCUCCGACAUGCUGAGCCUGGGCCACCUCUGCAAGCUGAGGGUCUGGCACGACAACAAAGGAAUAUUUCCUGGCUGGCACCUGAGCUAUGUCGAUGUGAAGGACAACUCCCGUGAUGAGACCUUCCACUUCCAGUGUGACUGCUGGCUGUCCAAGAGUGAGGGUGACGGGCAGACGGUCCGUGACUUUGCCUGUGCCAACAACGAGAUUCAUGAUGAGCUGGAGGAGACCACCUAUGAGAUCGUCAUAGAAACGGGCAACAGAGGCGAAACCAGGGAGAACGUCUGGCUCAUCCUGGAGGGCAGGAAGAACCGAUCCAAAGAGUUUCUCGUGGAAAAUUCUUCCAGACAGCGGGCCUUCAGGAAGGGGACCACAGACACAUUUGAGUUUGACAGCGUCUUCUUAGGGGACAUUGCCUCCCUCUGUGUGGGCCACCUCGCCAGGGAGGACCGGUUCAUCCCCAAGAGAGAGCUGGUCUGGCACGUCAAGACCAUCACCAUCACGGAGAUGGAGUAUGGCAAUGUGUACUUCUUUAACUGCGACAGCCUCAUCCCCCUCAAGAGGAAGAGGAAGUACUUCAAAGUAUUCGAGGUUACCAAGACAACGGAGAGCUUCACCAGCAAGGUCCAGAGCCUGGUGCCAGUCAAGUACGAGGUCAUCGUGACGACAGGCUACGAGCCAGGGGCAGGCACUGACGCCAACGUCUUUGUGACCAUCUUUGGGGCCAACGGGGACACAGGCAAGCGGGAGCUGAAGCAGAAAAUGCGCAACCUCUUCGAGCGGGGCAGCACCGACCGCUUCUUCCUGGAGACGCUGGAGCUGGUGGUGACCAGGCUGAGACUUGCUACAGGAAGUGUAUGGGAAAUUGGGACCUCACCCAGGGGAUAGAAAUGGGGAAGGAGAGGUCAUCAAACGGUGUAUUUUAAGCAAAAAAUGAAUUAACACUUUUUCCGAAAAAAAAAAAACUGGGCAAAUUAGCAACCACACCCCACAAAAAACUGAUCUUAGCAUCUGCUCACUAAGAAAUGUAUGCUUUUUCACAGUUUCAAUAAAUACAGUGGCAAAUGA